ACUGCGGAAACUCCAGUUUGUUAAAUCCUUUUAGAAUCCUUUCACUGAUCCAAUCACAGCGCUUUACGUAAUAUGACGUCCAAGAGCGCGAAAUGCGAUUCUGUUUACGGAAGUCACAGCGUGUAGCCGAGGGGAGUAUGAUUAUUCAAUUUAAUGUAGCGUUUUAAAAUUUAGUCGUGUAUUUUGUGAGGUAACAACACCGUUGUCGAGGUGUAGCUUUAUUUAAAGCCCAUAUGUCAUGGAUAUUGAGGUCGAUAUAAUUGAGUUUAAAGUCCCUCUCGAAAACAACAAAACUAUUUUCGUUUGGGACAUUCAGCCAUCAUUUUCUGAGGCUUACAUUUAUGAGUCCCUGUGGAGGGUGUAUUCAGCAUUUGGUGCUCUCUACCUGUUGAAGGUCUGUCCCAAUGCCACGGUGGCAGAACCUGGGUUCUAUGCACUGGUGAAGUUCUACUCAUCGGCACAGGCGUCCAAAGCUCAGCGGGCCACUGACAAACAGUGUCUUUUCCAAAGUUCUCCUUUAAAGGUCCGACUGAGCACGAAGCAGAAUCUGUCCUUCUAUAGCUCUAAACCUCUCAGCCUUUCCAAAUGUCAAAACUUGGCUAAUCACUAUCUGGGCUUUGGAGGCUGGUCUACUCGCAUUGUUACUUUGAAGGACAUCUCAAACUGUGUGGACGCAGGGUGCCAAGAAGAAACUGAUGACCAGAGUGUGCUUUUGAAAUAUGGCUGCAUAGCAGAGUUGACCUUCCCACAGCAUAGAAUGAGCUGCCAAGGGGUCGGCGUGGCCGAGGAGAUAAUCGACAACGAUCGAGAUCCAGAGGAAAAGCUGAGAAAACGAGGGACGCUAAUGAAGCGUGCCAAAGAUAAAGCUGUGGUGGCUGCCUUUGAAAAAGUGCUUGUCAUGAUCUUGGGAAAUGGGAAAGUAGCAAUUGAGAUCAAGUAUGAUCCAGAUGAGAUCCUUCCAGAGGAGAACUCUGAAGGAGUCAUAAAAGUAAAUGACAUCUCAUGGAAUGAGUUUGAAGAUGCUGACAGUAAUAUUGAGGAGGAUUUCCCAUGGGAACUCACAGUGGACCUCCCUCAUUGACACCCACUCAACUUUCUCAACCCACACAGUUGUUUUCCAGAUAAGUGACCAGUGAAAAUUCUAUAAGUUUUCUCUUUAAUGUUUGGUAUUAAUGUGUGCAGCGUUACGGUCAUCCGCUGUGGUGGACCUCAUAAUUCAGUGCAGCUGACCACAGAUUCCUCUUCUCCAUUUCCAAAGCAAUUCUCUGUUUUUUAUGUGGCUGAUACUGCCCGUGACCAUGAGGUUGAGGUUUGAAGGUCAGAUCAGAUGUCAAGCCAAAAAAAAGUCAUGUCAUUUCAUAAUGAUUUCAGGGAAUCCAAAAAGCAUAUUUUGAGUACUUAAUACGAUCAGCCUCUUUGUUUGACAUAUUUGCACUACCUAAGAAUACAUUCAGACAUUAAAAUAGGUUUUUGUUUGUUGUGUUAAAUAAAAUAUAUUUGUAGCACUGUGCUUUAGUCAUAUGUGCCUCUCUUUUAUUCAUCACUUUCCCUUGCUGGUUUUAUUCGGUUGACUGACUUUUCUUUCUAAAGUAUAUUUUUAAUGUGUUUUGGUCCAGGUUGAAGAAUGAUAUCAGUAGUUCUAUAAGAAUCAAGUUACCCAAGUUACCUAAAAAUCCCUGGGUCUAUUAUAAAUGAAUUUUACCCACAGAUGAAGUGUUUGUUAAUUGCCACUAGGAGGCAGUGUCUGCUACAAUUCAGUUAAUUUGAAUUCAGUUAAUUUGUCAUGUUUCAUAGACAUAGAAUAUUGCUACAAAGCUAUCAAAGAGUUACCAAAAAUAGUAGUAGUAGUAGUAAUAAUAAUAAUAAUAAUAAUAAUGGGCAACAGUGGGAAGAAUAAAAUACUAUUAGAUCUUUAGUGUAGUAUGUGAAGGAAAAAAAUGUUUCUUUUACUUUUUCUAUGCACUUAUUUUCCUAUAAUAUCUUCCUGUCCUAGCUGUUAUUGUUUUGGAUGAUGACUGAAAUCUGGUAUAACAGGCACGUUUUGUGUUUUUUGCCGUCUUAUGAUGAAUCACUUGUUGUUUUCUUGUCUCAACUAUUAGUCACUUUGGAUAAAAGUGUCUGCCAAAUGAAUAACUGUGAAUGUGGGAAAUCCAUGACUCAGCUGGGAAAAUUUGUAAAUUAUAUAGAGUAUAUAAUCAUUUGUGAUAAUGUUGACUAAUUAGUAUGUUGUCAAACUACAUUACAUACUACAUUACAGAUGUACUCGGCUAUAUUUUGAACCAGUUUUUAAUUUUAGAUUUUUCAUUUUAUUUUCAUUUAGUCAAAGUUUUAGUAUAUUUGUUUGUUGUGUCAUUUUUAGUAGUUUUUAUGUUUUUUCAUGAAUUUUAAUUCAUUAAAGUUAUUUUAGUACAUCAAGUCUAAAUUAAAAUGCUAAAUGUUGUCAUGGCUAUAUGUAUAUUUUGUGAACCCUUUAGAAUCUUCUACAUUUUUGCAUAAAUAUAACACAAAACAUCAUCAGAUCUUCACACAAGUCCUAAAAGUUGACAAAGAGAACCAAACAAAUGAGACCAAAAAUAAACUUUGUCAUUUAUUUACUGAGAAACAUGAUCCGGUGUUAAAUAUUUGCGAGUUGCAAAAGUAUGUGAAUCUUUGCUUUCAGUAUCUGGUGUGACCCCUUUUUGAAGCAAUAACUGCAGGUAACAUAUUUUGUAACCACUAAUCAUUCCUGCACAACAGCUUGUAGGAAUUUUAGCCCAUUCUUCAGUACAGAAACACAUGAAACCUGUGAUAUUGGUGGGUUUUCUCCUAUAAACUGCUUGUUUCAGGUCUUUCCACAACAUUUCAAUUUGAUUUUUGACUCAGGCAUUCCAAAUCAUUAACCUUGCUCUUCUUUAACCAUUUUUUGAUAUAAUUAAUUGUGCGCUUGUGGUUGUUGUUUUGCUGCAUGACCCACUUUCUUCUAAGAUUCAGUUGUCGGACAGAUGUCCUGACAUUUUCCUUUAGAAUUGCUGGUAUAAUUCAGAAUUCAUUGUUCCAUCAAUGAUAGCAAGCCAUUCUAGCCGAGAUACAGCAAAGCAGGCCCAAACCAUGAUACUACCACCACCAUGAUAUACAGAUGGAAUAAGGUUCGAAUGCUGGAAUGAAGUAUUUUUCUUUUUCCAAACAUAACACUUCUCAUUUAAACCCAAAAAGUUUUAUUUUGGUCUCAUCCGUCAACAAAACAUUUCUCUAAUAGCCCUCUGACUUGUCCGCAUGAUCUUUAGCAAACUGCAGAGCUUUUGCAUUUUUUUAUUUUUUAUUUAUUUAUU